AUGGAGUUCGACAUCCCCCUCGCGCUGACCGACCUCGAGUCCCCGCCGUCGCGGGACAACGUCCUCGUCCCGAAAAACGUGCUCGACGUCGCGGGCAUGCACGACGUCGAAGCCGCGGAGCUCGUCGAGCGCGUCGCGUACGAUCUCUGCGAGAACGACGCUUUAUGCAUCCUGGAGCACGACGUGUUCGACCCCGCGUACGCGUGCGUGCGCGACUUCAAAUCCCUCUCCGCCAUCGGCCGCAUUCGCCUCGCGGACGCGCUGUGCAGUAACCUCUCCGUGCUCAGCGCGAGCGUCGCGACGCUCCUCGCCGGCGGCGGCGGCGACGCCGACGGCGCGUCGGACGCGGUCGCGUCCCACCGCGAAGCCGUGAAGACGUACGCGACGCUCGUGUACUGGCUCGCGGAGGCGGCGGACGCGGAAGCGCGCGACGCCGCGCCGAACGCGACGGGAGUCGCGUCCGCGGGUGACAAGACGGGGAAGAAGGCAUCCGGAGGCAAGGGGUCGAAGAAAGCCGCGCCGCUCGUCGAGUGGAAGUGGGAGGAGCAGCGCGAGCGCGUCCUUCACGUCAUGUCUGGCGUGCUCGACUGUGAUCUGUGGAACCUGUUCCGGCCGCGUCAGCCGAGCGAGCAGUUCUUGGGGCUGUUCCAGAGGCUGGCGUGUCUCGCGAUGGAAUCCCCGGCGGCGCUCAAGUCGAAGGCGCGUUCUGUACACUGGUCCCCAUACGACCGCGUUGGCGUGGUGAACGCCAUUUCCAAAAACGCCGCCUUCGUCAUGCUCGGCGCGUGCGCGCUGAAGUGGGGGCAACUCGACAACGUCACGACCGCGCUGGUGCAUCUCCUGAACAAGCACGAGCACCUCCCUGGGCCGAUCGCGGAGUGCGCCGCCGUCGCCGCGGACCGCCACGAGAACGCGCGGCUCGCCGCGGCGCUCCUCCGCGAGGUGGGCAACGUGGGUGCGUCCUUAGUCAUCACACGCGCUGGUCCCCGUACGACCGCGUCGGCGCGGUGCACGCCGUGCCUUGAGGACUUUCUUUUCCCGGCGCAUCUCUCCGCCCAGGGUCCCUCGGUUUCGAUCUCCGCACGCGACGGCUUUCAACUUCAAACGCUGACGCCUUUCAACUCCGCCCCGACGUCGCCUCGUACGGAACGACCCGCAGACCCGGCCGAGUACAAACGGCAGCAAGCCGCCGACGCCGUCGGCGUGCGCUGCGUCGGCACCUUCGUCAGCGAGCUCGCGGAGCGCAUGCCGAAGACGACGAUGACGAACAUCUCGCUGCUUCUCCCGCACCUGGACGGCGAGGCGUACUCGCUGAGGAGCUCGCUCGUGACGGUGCUCGGACACCUCGUGUGCUCGGACGCGUCGAGCGGGGCGCUCAACGAGGACAGGGAUCGAUCGACGUCGGACGCGUCGGCGCCGCUCCUGCGCGCGAAGCAAGGGUUUCUGGACCUGCUCGUGGAGCGCGUGCACGACGUCUCCGCGUUCACGCGCGCGAGGGUGCUGCAGACGUGGGCGAUCAUGGCGGAGAAGAAGGCGAUUCCGCUGUCGCACUGGCUCGUCGUCGCGGACCUCGGGAUCGGCCGCCUGCACGACAAAGCCGCGCUCGUGAGAAAGGCGGCGAUGAACCUUCUCGCGACGAUGCUCGGGUUUAACCCGUUCGCGCCGCGGCUGCCGUCGUCCGCGUUCGCGGACUCGCUGAGGGAGUACGAAGCGAAGCUCAAGCUCAUGGCGCCGCCGGAGCCGGAGGAGAAGGAGGAGGAGGAGGACGCGGAGAAAAAAGUUGAGCCGAUCGAGGAGGGGGACGAAGAAGACGCCGAGGAGAAGCCCCUCACGGAGGCGGACGACGACGCGGAGAAGGAGUCUUCCGCGGAGAAGGAGUCUUCCGCGGAAGAAGAAGAGAAAGAGAAAGAGACGUCAAACGACGCCGUCGCCCCAGCAGCGCCCGAGCUCGACGGCGGCGUCGAGGCUGUCCGCACCAUGAUCGCCGCGUUGAAAACCGCGCUCGGAUUCGCCGUCCAGAUGGGCGGCGCCGUCGGCGUCCUCUGCAAGCUCCUCGCGUCCACGACGCCGUCGGACGCGAUCGAGGCCGUCGGCCUCCUCGUCCGCCUGAAGCAGUUCGGCGUCGACGGCUCGGACGAGGGCGUCCGCAAGCUGUUGGGGCUCGUCUUCUCCAGGGAUACCGCGGUGAGGGACGCCGCGGUUGAAGCCGUGGACGUGCUCUUCCUCGCCGGCGCGGAGUCGCCGACGGCGGCGGCGCGGGCCAUCACCGACGUCGCCGCCGCGAGCGCGCUCGGCGAGCUCGCGUCUCUGGAGGAGGUAAUCGAGCUUCUCGUCCGCGAGAACCGCGUCCCGGUGAACGGGCCGCUGAUCCGCGCGCUGUGGGCGCAGGCGACGUGCGUCGGCGUGCCGGGCGGGGACGCGGAGGCGACGGCGGUGGAUCAAAACGCGUUGAAGGCGUCCGCGCUCACCGUCCUCGCCAUGGCCGCCGCGAAGCACCCGGAAAUCGUCGCUCCGCACGUCGACCACGCCGCGGGCGUGCUCGAGCUCGCGUGCACGAAGAAGAAGCCCACGCUCGCGCGCGCGGCGGCGUCGCUCCUGAAGUGCGCGCGCCCGGGUGGAAACGCGGGCACGCCGGAUUCCAUGGGCGUCGCCGCGCCCGCGCUCGCGCCGGACGCGCCCGCGUUUGCCGCGCUCGCGAAGGUUCUCUCGCCGUGCUCGCCGCUGCCCGGGCGCGGGUGGUACCCCGCCGCGGAGCAGUCCAUCGCGGCGCUGUACGCGCUGCACCCGGACCCGGAGGGCGCGGCCGGGGACGUGCUUCGGUCGUUCGCCGCCGCGGCGUUUCCGGGCGCCGAGAACGACGGCGGCGACGGCGACGGCGGCGGCGGCGGCGGCGGCGGCGUGGAAAAAGUCAACGCCGCGUACCUCGCGCGGUUCCUCUUCGUCCUCGGCGAAGUCGCGCUCCGGCAUCUCGUGCACGCGGAGAACCUCGGACGAGCGGUCCGCCGCGCGCGCAUGCAGCGCGACAGAAAGGCGUCGGAAGCUUCCGAAGCCGCCGCCGCCGCGGGGAACACGCACGGCGAAGAAGCCGAGCUCGCCGCGGCGCUCGGUCAGGGCUCCGUCGCGGAGGACGCGUCCCUGGACAACGCGCGCGAGGCGUGCGAGGCUGAGCUCUUAUCCUUCUCAGUAUCGCAGUCCAAGAAGUCCGCGGUCGCGGGGAGAGGCCUCGUCGCCGCGUACGCCCCCGUCGUCGUCGCGUUGUGCGGGCACCCCGCCGUCGCGGCCGGCCACGCGUUGCUCCGCGGCGCCGCGCUCGCGGCGCUCUCUCGCCUCAUGGCGAUCGACGCCGAGUUUUGCGAGGCGCACCUCGCGCUCAUCUUCACGCGCGCGCGCGGGGAGAGCGACCGCGACGCACGCGCGGCGCUCAUGGUGGCGCUGGGCGACCUCGCGUUCCGGUUUCCCAACGCGGUUGAGCCGUGGACGGAGCAUCUGUACGGGCUCAAGGCGUGGGGGAACAGCUUGCACGACCCGGACGCGGGGGUGCGGCAACACGCGGUGACCGUCCUCGCGCACCUGAUCUUGAACGACAUGAUGAAGGUCAAGGGGCACAUCGCGGAGAUGGCGCGGUGUUUGGAGGACCCGGAUCCGAGGGUAGCGUCCGUCGCGCGGUUGCUGUUCACGGAGCUGUCGAGGAAGCACGGGAAUCCCAUUUACAACCUGCUUCCGGAUCUCCUGUCGCGAUUAUCCGGGGACGAGUCGAUCGAACCGGCGGUGUUCCAACGGAUCAUGACGCGGCUUCUCGGGUUCAUCGACAAGGACAAGCAGACGGAGUCGCUCGCGGACAAGUUCACGAACCGCUUCGCGGAGGCUGCGCUCGCGAAGACGCCGAAGCCAGCGCGCGACGUCGCGUUUUGCCUCUCCGCGCUCACCUUGUCCGAUCGCGCGUUCAAAAAAUUCAUGGACUCGUGGAAGCUGUACGAACCCGCGCUGUACGACAAAGAAGUCUACGACGCCCUCGCCGGCGUCGUCGCGAAGGGCAAGAAGAACGCGACGACCGGGAAGAAGGCCACCGCCGCGGGCGCGGACGCCGUCGACGCCGCGCGCGUCGCCGUCGAGGAGUUUGAACAAAAAUUAGCCGCCGCGCACGUGGAACGGUACGAGAGCUACCGGAGCUCGAUGCGCGCGGAGGGGCACGUGUUCGAGGACGAGGACGAGCCCGCGGUGAAGCUCCCCACCGCCGCUACUGAAGAGAAGGAGGAGACAGCCGAGGUGGAGGAGAAGGACGAAGCGGAGGCGGCGGAGGUGAAGGAGGAGGCGGCGGAGGCGGCGGCGGCGGCGGAGCCCGUCGACGACGCCGCGGAUGAAGAAGAAGAAGAAGAGGAGGAGGAGGAGGAGGAGGAGGAGGAGGAGGACGAGUGCGGGGAUGAGAACGAGCCCGCGGAGCCCUCCCCCGCGCCCGUCGCGAAGAAGACCUCCCGGGCGCGCGCGACGAAGAAGGCGCCCGCCGCCGCCGCGGCGAAGGCGAAGGCGAAGGCGAAGGCGGCGACGGCGGCGGACGAGGACGGGUCCGGGAGGUCGUCCCGCCGCGCGCUGCGCGGGAACCGCUGA